UCCUCCGAGGCUGCUCGGCUUUUCCCGCCCUUCACUGGCCUCUGGAGGAGAGUCAGAGUUCACGCCCCUCUUUGGGGAUACCUGCUCGAAGCCAGAGGAUGCGGGGACUAGUAGGUGGGGGACGUCCUUCUCGCCCAGAAUCUUAAGAGGCAAAGGACAGACUUUUGGAUUGUAAACUCCGCCGGGAGCUGGGAGGCGGGAAGAGGUGUGUGGGCGGGGUCAGGGGUGAAAGGUCAUAGGGCUGCGAAGUGGGCGGAGCGAGCCGGAGGCGGAUGGCGGCUGCCGCGGCUCUUCAUCUUUGGCGGCAGAGUCACUGAAACGGGGACGCGGCUGCGACGCGUCCGGCAGUGGGAGGAGAGCGGCGGCCGCUCCCAACAUGCACAGCCUGGCGACAGCUGCGCCUGUGCCUACUGCACUGGCUCAGGUAGAUAGAGAAAAAAUCUAUCAGUGGAUCAAUGAGCUGUCCAGUCCUGAGACGAGGGAAAAUGCUUUGCUGGAGCUGAGUAAGAAGCGAGAAUCUGUUCCUGAUCUUGCACCCAUGCUGUGGCAUUCUUUUGGUACUAUUGCAGCACUUUUACAGGAAAUUGUAAAUAUUUAUCCAUCUAUCAACCCACCCACUUUGACAGCACACCAGUCUAAUAGAGUUUGCAAUGCUCUGGCAUUACUACAAUGUGUGGCAUCACACCCAGAAACCAGGUCAGCAUUUCUUGCAGCACACAUCCCACUUUUUUUGUACCCCUUUUUGCACACUGUCAGCAAAACACGGCCCUUUGAGUACCUUCGGCUAACCAGUCUUGGAGUUAUUGGGGCCCUAGUGAAAACAGAUGAGCAGGAAGUAAUCAACUUUUUAUUGACAACAGAAAUUAUCCCUUUGUGUUUGCGCAUUAUGGAAUCUGGAAGUGAACUUUCCAAAACGGUUGCCACAUUUAUCCUCCAGAAAAUCCUCUUAGAUGACACAGGUUUGGCAUAUAUAUGUCAGACAUACGAGCGUUUCUCCCACGUUGCCAUGAUCCUGGGUAAGAUGGUCCUGCAGCUCUCCAAAGAGCCUUCUGCCCGUCUGCUGAAGCACGUAGUGAGGUGUUACCUGCGACUCUCAGAUAACCCCAGGGCACGUGAAGCGCUCAGGCAGUGCCUCCCUGACCAGCUGAAGGACACGACCUUCGCCCAGGUGCUAAAAGAUGACACCACCACGAAACGCUGGCUUGCACAACUGGUGAAGAACCUGCAAGAGGGCCAGGUCACCGAUCCCCGGGGCAUCCCCCUGCCCCCUCAGUGAUCCUCCCCCACCCCCUCCUACCACUCCCCCAAGUUGGGGAAGGGAGGGGGAACCCGCGAGGAAAACAGCUCAGGUUUUACCGCUGACCAGGAAUAGACAACCUCAAUGCUGAACUGCACUGGAGAAGAGGGCGAGGUCACCCCGCUGGGGUGAACGGGCUGCCAUCUUGGGCUGCCUCCGGGACCCGGGCUCCCUCCGCUACUCCCAGGAGAUGGGCUCCUGACACAGCAGUCUGCCACCACAGCUCCAGGAGGGUGUCAACACCAGCAAAUGCUGUGUCUGCAGCGUGCCCGCGAUGGCCCUUCUCCCCGACCCGUACUAGCCACUGGCGGGGAGGGGGACGUGGCGGUGGUAGCACGCUAGGCAUGCCGAACGCCUGGGACCAAGCCGUGUGGUGGUCUUCUAUUUUGCCUUCCUGGAAGACUCAAGACGUGUCUCUUCAUCCUCUCUCUCAGUAUUUGUUUACUUUGGUCUCUUGUUUUUGAUGUCAGAGAGAGGUGUGUUUAGUGGACACGAGCUGUAAUACUCAGCAGAACUUUGUCAUUUGGCACUGUUUACAAGUCUGUUAGCUGCAUAAGCUUAAUAAAAAAUUGGUCUGGGCAUUACAUCCCCUCUAGCAGGCCAACAGCUGCGUGAACUGUGGGGAGGAACGGGAGGCAAGGAAAGGAUAAAGCCAAAGGACAGCAGGACCCCAUCGCCUCUUUCCCUUCCCUUUCCGUCCUUCUGCCCCCAGUUCCAGACGCCACAAGGACCCUAACCUUGUUUCUGGCUCUAGCUGCUAGCUUUUCCAAAUCUCAGUGCUUUUCCCUUUUCCACAUCCCUCCUAUUAAACUUCCAACAGAUGUCUUAAUUCAUCAGGCUGUCCUGGAAGGGUAUUGUACUGGGGGAGGCGAGGUGGCUUGGGCCUCACCUUCAAUUCCAGUCCUCAGAGAGGUUUCCUGGGUAACUUUUAAAGGGGAAGAUGCCUGGGGACCAAGAUGACAGCUGCUUGAUCCCAUUCUUUAGUAUGAAUUUCUGCAGCUCCAUCUGUGUUCAUGAUUGUACUUGAAGUGGUAUUAGCUGAAUGAGUUCAUCUUACUCAGAUUUAA